AGACAAAACGGAAGUGUCAAUUUCACCUGAAAGGACAGUUGCAUGACUCUGUGCAUGGUCUUACUAUAAAGCGUAAGUCUUCUGGUCUUCUUUCAAUCUACAAUUUCGUUUAGGACCACCAUAAAUGUAUUUUGCAGACCAGUCCAGUCCAGUCAUUAAUAAGAUAGUCGACAGAUUAUUUUAGCAAGUAGCUACCUAAAUUAGCUAACUUGCUAACGUUAGCUAGUUACUGCAUGCACGGUCAUCUGAAGCCAGGUGCUAUAAUAUAAAAUAAAUAAUAAAUAAAUAAACUGUUAUACACUCGCAUAUAUGUUGACCGGUCUGUUCUGGUUCUCACGUGUACAGCAUACAUACAAUAAUGUCUUGUCAAUGCCACAUUGUUCGUUUCUGACUCAAGGGCAAUGGCAGGGGCAGUGGCGUUGAGGGGUUUCUUGACUCGGCAUUCACGUCUGCUUGACUGCAUGACCAUCACGACAUGCAUGAGUGCAAGGAUACGUCCAGUACAGACAGACUGCACAGGGCUGUGUCACGACUUUUUUUGGAAAACCGUUCCUGUACGAACACUACAUCUAUGUCCUAACUUCUGUGCCGGGCAUAAUAAGUGGUCAAAGGUUAAACAUAUUAAAGGUCCUAAAGAUGCAGCCCGGAGUCGAAUGUUUAUGAAGCUUGCAAUGAUGAUACGAAUUGCAGUCAAAGAAGGUGGAUCUAGUAAUCCAGAAUUCAACAUAGCAUUAGCGAACGUAGUGGAGCAAUGCAGAGGAAAGAACAUGCCUAAAGCAUCCAUAGAAGCUGCCAUCAAGGGGGCGGAAAAGUCCAAGGCAGGAACCCAGCACACCUAUGAAGCUCGGGGGCCUGGUGGCUGCAUGCUGCUCAUCGAUAUUCUGACUGACAACAAUACUCGAAGUCUUCAGGAAGUCCGACACCUACUCAACAAGCAUGGUGCGGCAUUGUGUGAGGGAGCACGUCACAGCUUCAUGAGGAAGGGUGUGGUGGUGGCCCUGGGGGAGGGUGUGUCGUCUGAACGAGCCCUAGAGCUUGCAAUAGAGGCCGGUGCAGAGGAUGUCCAGGAGAUGGAUGACGAGGAUGAGAAGCCCAUACUACGGUUUUUGUGUGGAAUGUCGGAGCAGAAGAAGGUGAGGAUGUCGCUUGAAGAACUAGGGGUGCGCACUGUGUCCGCCAGCCUGGAGUUUGUGCCCACUGCCCCCACACAGCUUCCACAAGACCAGCUGGAGGCAGCCUUCUCCUUGAUAGAGGCCUUAAAUGAUUACACAGAUGUUCUGCGGGUCUGGGAUAACAUCCAGAGCCAGAGCUAAAUAGACUGAGUUCUUGUUCUUGACAGAUAUGUUACUACUAUGUAAUAAUUAAGGUUAUAUUCCGCAUUUGAUAUUUGGAAUUUAAAGGUGAUAGGCAUCAUAUUUCUGGAUGUGCAUUUUAAUAAAAGAUGUCCAUAAUAUAUUGUAUCUUUAGUAAAAGUGGAAGGAUUACUAACC